AUGGACAUGGUAUUCUCAAGCCUUGAUGAUUGUUAUUCAAUGUAUGUUAAGUAUGCCAAGGAGUGUGGGUUUUCAGUCAGGAAAGGGACUACAAAGACAAACUCUAAAGGUGUCUUACAUAUUAAGUAUUACUUGUGUACGAGAUCUGGGUUAUACAAGGACAAGAAGGUUGAUACGUUGGACCCCAAUCAAAAGGAGCGAGUAGUGCGAUCCAACUUUUCAAAAAGGACUGAUUGUGGUGCACUGUUAUGUGUACUUUUUGACGCUGGAUCAUGGAAGGUGUAUAAGUUUGUCGAGGAGCACAAUCAUGAACUUGUUGAACGUCCCGAUAAGAAUUUUCUUCCAACUGAACGACACCUCACUCAGCUCCAGAAGCAUGUUAUAUACAGCAUGUCUAAACUGAAUUUGGGUCCCGUCAAGGCGUUUAAUGUUAUGAAGACUUGUUUUGGCGGUUUUGAAGACGUGGGUGCAAGUAAAGUUGAAUUUAAGAACUAUAAGAGAUACUCUAUGGUGUUUGUACCGUUCACUGGUAUAAACAAUCAUCACUGCAAUGUUACAUUUGGUGCAACAUUAUUGGCGUCGGAAACUGCUGAUACGUAUAUUUGGUUGUUGAGAGUUUUUCUAAAAGUUGUUGGUUCUCAACCAAAAGUUGUUAUCACUGACCAAGAUCCAGCGAUGAAGAAGGCUAUUUUUGUUGUUGGUAUUAGGCUAUGCAAUUCCACCAAUUUUAAAGAACGUAUUUGUGGUGUUGUGUGGACAAAUAUUCUCACACCUGAAGAGUUUGAAUCAGAAUGGGAAGCGGUUAUCGCAAAGUUCAAUUUAGAAGAUAAUGACUGGCUAUCUGAUAUUUUUGCACUUAGGGAAUCUUGGAUCCCUGCAUACUAUAGAAUGGAGCAGAUGUCUGGUCUUAUGCGAACGACAUCCAGGUCGGAGAGUGAGAAUCAUUUUUUUGGUCAAGUGUGCAAUUCGAAAGCUACUCUUGUUGAGUUCAUGACGCAUUACGAGACUGCAAUAGAAGCACAGCGUCACACACAUCGUAAAAAUGAUCAUGAAUCUCGAUACAAAAGACCCCAGUUGAAGAGUAGUUACAAAUUGUUGGAAGGGCAAGCUGUUGACAUAUACACAAAAAGUAUUUUUUGUGACGUUCAAGCUGAGCUUAUUGGAGUUGCGGAUUGCAUCAAUCAACGUUACGAAGAUCAGCCUGAUGGGUUUGUUAAGUUUUACGUAAAUGACUUUCAACAGCCUUAUACAUCCUUAUUUGAGACAAACAUUCUAUGCAUGGCGUUAUAG